AAUAUGAUAAUCUGAGUAUCCUCCGAGGCCAGAAUAUGAGAAGGGCUAACUAAGAUUUACCAAUUCUCCGCCAAAUCGCAUUUUUUCUGAAUGGCAAAUUAUCAGUCUCUUCAAGCCCUUUUCUUCGUUCCAAUGCCCUUCAACGGUUGAAAAUGAAAUUAUUAUCUCUAAUUAGUAAACUGUCCAUCGACAUUACCGCAGCUAGCGAGAUCACGUCGAAGAUUCAGCGAGGCGGAGAGAGAGAGAGAAAGAGAGUUGAUUGGGAGGAGAAUGGCGGCGGAUGGAGAGGGUAAAAACGUCGCCACGGCUAUUACAAGUGCUGCUGCGGAAGGGGGAGAAGAGAAUGAUGGAGGAGAAGAGAGCGUGAAGCUAUUCGUGGGUCAGGUGCCGAAGAACAUGACGGAGGAACAGCUGCUCGCAAUGUUCAAGGAGGUGGCCCUUGUUGACGAAGUGAAUAUCAUCAAGGACAAAGUCACGAAAGCCUCGCGGGGUUGCUGCUUCUUGAUCUGUCCUUCUAGGCAGGAAGCCGACAAGGCAGUCAAUGCCUGUCACAAUAAACGAACGCUCCCUGGAGCUUCAAGUCCUUUGCAAGUAAAGUAUGCAGAUGGCGAGUUGGAAAGGCUAGAGCAUAAGCUUUUCGUUGGUAUGUUGCCGAAGAACGUAACAGAUGAAGAAGUUACUGCUUUGUUUUCUAAGUAUGGUAAUGUAAAAGAUUUGCAGAUCCUUCGGGGUUCUCAGAAAACAAGUAAAGGUUGUGCCUUUCUUAAAUAUGAAACCAAAGAGGAAGCCUUAGCUGCUCUCGAGGAUUUAAAUGGGAAGCAUAUGAUGGAGGGUUCAAAUGUACCUUUAGUUGUCAAGUGGGCUGACACUGAAAAAGAGAGGAAGGCUCGUAAAGUUCAAAAAGCUCAAUCUCAAGCUUCCUGUGUUCCUCAUAUGAAUUCAUUACAACAACCUUCAUUGUUUGGAGCACUACCAAUGGGGUAUAUUUCUCCAUACAACGGAUUCAGCUAUCAGGCUCCUGGAGCCUAUGGUCUUAUGCAGUACUCUUUAGCGUCAAUGCAAAAUCAAGCUGCAUUCAGUAAUAUGAUUUCACCCGUUAGUCAAGGAAAUGCAAUACGUGGGACCAACCAUGAUCUCUCCCCAAGCACGGUACCUAGAAAUUUUACAUCAAUGCAGUCUACUGGUUAUGUAGGCGCUGGUUUUCCAGGUCUUCAGUAUCCUCUUGCAUACCAAAGUGGUAUAUUGAGCCACAGACAUUCAAAUAACUCUCAUAAUUCAAAUCCACCUGUGAAUGAGAAUAACGUUGCUGCAUCUUCUUCAAGCCACAGUACUGGUUCUGGGGGACAGAUUGAAGGACCUCCUGGAGCUAAUCUGUUUAUUUAUCAUAUUCCCCAAGAAUAUAGUGAUCAAGAGCUUUCAAAUGCUUUUCAGAGAUUUGGCAGGGUUUUGAGUGCUAAGGUUUUUGUUGACAAAGCAACUGGUGCCAGUAAAUGCUUUGGUUUUGUAAGUUAUGAUUCACCAGAAGCUGCACAAGCUGCUAUUGAUGUCAUGAAUGGUUUCCAAUUGGGUGGUAAGAAGUUGAAGGUACAGCUCAAGAGACAUAACAAACUGAGUAAGCCUUAUUGAAAAUUAAUCUCAAGGAAAGCGCUUUCGUUCGUAGAACAGUAUCUAUGAUGGGCGACAAAAAUUGAUGAUUUUAUAGUUGUUUCCUCCCAUCCGGCUGGAUCUCAAGGUCAUUCAUUGGACAGUAAAUAUGGUGGAAGAAAAUGGAUGGGUUGGUUGUAUAUGAUUAUUCCAUGUCCUCGGGUCUCAAACUGGAAACUGGUAGCAUCUCAACAGAUUCAAAUUCUUUGAAAUUUCUUCUCAUUAAUGCAUAAUCUCUUACACUAUCCUGUAAUUUAUUUAUCAUUGAAAUUUCUUUAGAUGUCUGAAAUUAAAUUCAUUUUAUUGUUCAUGCAAAAUUUAAGAAGUAAGAUCAAUGGCUAU